UGCACCGGCCCCAUGAGCCCGCGGCCCCCCGGCGCCCGGGCCGCUCACAGCCCCUGACCUGAUUUGCCCUCGCCAUGGCCGAAGCCGCCUCCGGUGCCGUUGGCACGUCCCUGGAGGGCGAGCGCGGCAAGAGGCCCCCGCCGGAGGGCGAGCCUGCAGCCCCGGCGUCCGGAGUUCUGGAUAAGCUUUUUGGGAAGCGGCUCCUGCAAGCGGGUCGAUACCUGGUGUCCCACAAGGCAUGGAUGAAGACAGUGCCCACGGAGAACUGCGAUGUGUUGAUGAUCUUCCCAGACACGACCGAUGACCACACACUGCUAUGGCUGCUGAACCACAUCCGCGUGGGCAUCCCCGAGCUCAUCGUGCAAGUCCGACACCACCGCCACACGCGUGCCUACGCCUUCUUCGUCACCGCCACGUAUGAGAGCCUACUCCGAGGGGCCGAUGAGCUGGGUCUGCGCAAGGCAGUGAAGGCCGAGUUUGGUGGGGGGACCCGCAGCUUCUCCUGCGAGGAGGACUUCAUCUACGAGAAUGUGGAGAGUGAGAUGCGCUUCUUCACCUCCCAGGAGCGCCAGAGCAUCAUCCGCUUCUGGCUGCAGAACCUGCGAGCCAAGCAGGGCGAGGCACUGCACAAUGUGCGCUUCCUAGAGGACCAGCCAAUCAUCCCUGAGCUGGUGGCCCGCGGGAUCAUCCAGCAGGUGUUCCCGGUCCAUGAGCAGCGCAUCCUGAACCGCCUCAUGAAGUCAUGGGUGCAGGCUGUGUGUGAAAACCAGCCUCUAGACGAGAUCUGUGACUACUUUGGCGUGAAGAUUGCCAUGUACUUCGCCUGGCUGGGCUUCUACACGUCGGCAAUGGUGUACCCAGCUGUCUUUGGCUCUGUCCUGUACACAUUCACGGAGGCUGAUCAGAAAAGCCGGGAUGUAUCCUGUGUGGUCUUUGCCCUCUUCAAUGUGGUCUGGUCAACACUGUUCUUGGAAGAGUGGAAACGGAGGGGGGCGGAGCUGGCCUAUAAGUGGGGAACACUGGACUCACCCGGGGAAGCUGUGGAGGAGCCACGACCCCAGUUCAGGGGCGUGCGCCGCAUCAGCCCUGUGACGCGGGCCGAGGAGUUCUACUACCCGCCCUGGAAGCGGCUGCUGUUCCAGCUGCUCGUGAGCCUCCCCGUGUGCCUCACCUGCCUGGCCUGCGUGUUCCUGCUCAUGCUCGGCUGCUUCCAGCUGCAGGAGCUGGUGUUGAGUGUGAAAGGGCUGCCCCGCCUCGCCCGCUUCCUGCCCAAGGUCGUGCUGGCUGUGCUGGUCAGCGUGAGUGCUGAGGGCUACAAGAAGCUCGCCGUCUGGCUCAACGACAUGGAGAAUUACCGGCUGGAGAGUGCCUACGAGAAGCACCUCAUCAUCAAGGUCGUCCUGUUCCAAUUCGUCAACUCGUACCUGAGCCUCUUCUACAUCGGCUUCUACCUCAAGGACAUGGAGCGCCUGAAGGAGAUGCUGGCCACUCUGCUGAUCACCCGCCAGUUCCUCCAGAAUGUGCGCGAGGUCCUGCAGCCUCACCUGUACCGGCGGCUGGGCCGCGGCGAGCUCGGCCUGAGGGCCGCCUGGGAGCUGGCCCACGCCCUGCUUGGCCUGCUGAGCCUCCGGCGCCCUGCGCCCCGCCGCCUCGAACCCCAGGCCGAAGAGGGUGGCGGCAGCGGUGGAGGCGGGCGCAGGUGUCUCAGUGGGGGCUGCGGGGCACCCGAGGAGGAGGAGGAGGCCCCAGUGGAGCGGCGGCCGGUGGGGGAAGGCGGGGAGGUGGGGGAUGGGCCGAGGGGGGAUGAGGAGGAGGAGGAGGAAGACGACGAGGAGGAGGAAGAUGAAGAGGAGGGUGAGGAGGGCAGCCUCCUGGACUGCGGGCUCCGGCUGAAGAAGGUCAGCUUUGCUGAGCGGGGGGCUGGGCGGCACCGGCCCAUUCCAAGCCCGGAGGCCCUCCUGGAGGAGGGGAGCCCCACUAUGGUGGAGAAGGGGCUGGAGCCAGGUGUGUUCACACUGGCCGAGGAGGAUGAUGAGGCCGAGGGGGCUCCCGGCAGCCCUGAGCGGGAGCCCCCAGCCAUCCUGCUCCGCCGGGCCCGGGGCGAGGGCCGUGACCAGGGGCCGGACGGGGGCCCAGACCCUGAGCCAGGCUCAGGUGACUCGGCCCGGAGGCAGCGGCGGCAGAAUCGGUCAUCUUGGAUCGACCCACCCGAGGAGGAAUACUCACCCCAGCUCACCCAGGCCGAGCUGGAGAGCUGUAUGAAGAAGUACGAGGACACGUUCCAGGACUACCAGGAGAUGUUCGUGCAGUUCGGCUACGUUGUGCUGUUCUCGUCCGCCUUCCCCCUGGCCGCGCUGUGCGCUCUGGUCAACAACCUCAUCGAGAUCCGCAGCGACGCACUCAAGCUGUGCACGGGGCUGCAGCGGCCCUUUGGGCAGCGAGUGGAGAGCAUCGGCCAGUGGCAGAAGGUGAUGGAGGCCAUGGGCGUCCUGGCAAUCGUGGUCAACUGCUAUCUCAUCGGCCAGUGUGGGCAGCUACAGCGCCUGCUGCCCUGGCUCAGCCCUGAGGCAGCCAUCGUGUCCGUGGUGGUGCUCGAGCACUUCGCUCUGCUCCUCAAGUACCUCAUCCACGUGGCCGUCCCCGACAUCCCCGGCUGGGUCGCUGAGGAGAUGGCCAAGCUCGAGUACCAGCGUCGGGAGGCCUUCAAGAGACACGAGCGCCAGGCCCAGCACCGCUACCAGCAGCAGCAGCGGCGGCGGCGGGAGGAGGAGGAACGCCAGCGCCACGCGGAGCAUCACACCCGGCGGGAACACGACGCCAGCGGCCGGGAGGAGGCACGGGCCGAGGACUCCGGGCUGGACCCCAGCGCCCCCGAGAAGGCCUCAGCCAAGGCCAAGGGCAGCGGGGCAGGCGGCCACGGACCGGAGCGGCCCAAGCGCCCGGGGUCCCUGCUGGCGCCCAACAACGUCAUGAAGCUGAAGCAGAUCAUCCCGCUGCAGGGCAAGUUCCUGUCGUCGGGGGCCGCGUCCUCGCUGGCCGGUGCCGGAUCCGGCCCCACCGCCCGGCCGCCCCCUGCCCAGUCGCCCACGGGCAGUGACACCCGCCUGCCGGCCUUCCUCAGCUUCAAGUUCCUCAAGUCCCCCGAGACCCGGCGAGACCCCGAGCGCAGCCACUCGCCACCCAAGGCCUUCCACACCGGCAAGCUCUUCCCCUUCGGCGGCGCCCGGGCUGAGGCCGGGUCCAACGGGGUAGGCGGGCAGGCCCGGCCAGAUGGGACCCCUGGCGGUGGCAGUGGCAGGGCCCAGCGGAGUGGGCCAGCGGACGAGGCUGCGGCUGAGGAGCCAGAUGCCCCCCGGCCCGAAGAGGAAGGCUCAGGGACAGCGCUGGCCCCCGUGGGCGCCCCCGCCCUCCGCACCCCCCCAAAGCCAGCCCAGCUGGUGGCCCGAGUGGCUGUGGAACUCGCCAACUGA